AUGAGAAACAUAAUUGAGAAGAUGGUGAGUAAAAAAGAUGUGAUUCUAUGCAGAGGAAUAUGGUAUGUGAUCACACUAGUGUCGCUCUUUGGCCUCUACAUAUCCCUCAAUCUUAUAUGGCCGCAUAAAGACUCGUCAUCGUCCUCUCCAUUCCUUAGGGACGGUGCAGUGAGUUUCACAACAUUCUACGCAGUGACGCUAUUCAGAUAUCUCUUUUCGCCAAACCUUUGGAUCCCUCCACUUGCUACAGAGAGUUUACUAGAAAUGUAG